AUGUGGUCAGGUUCUGUUCCUGCUUUUGAAGAAUUUGUGAAGGCUCUCAAUGACAACAUCAUCAAUCUGAAACUAACUCAUGUUAUUGAUGAGCAUGAAUUAGUUUUUUUAGAUCUUAAGAUUUUGCUACAACAAGACGGGACUAUCCAAACAGAACUAUUUAGGAAAGCCACCUCGACUAAUAGUCUGUUACACUGGGAUAGUCACCAUCCAUAUAAAUUAAAAGCUUCCAUUCCUUAUGGACAGUAUCUACGAGCAUGGCGCAACUGCUCGGUUGACCAAACCUUUUACGAUGAAUGCAAAAUAUUAAGAUCGCGCUUUAAGGAACUUGGUUACCCGAACCGAGUUUUAAAAAGGGCAUUCCAGCGGGUCAGCGGAACACAAGUAAUCAAUGUUAUCGAGCAAGGAGCAGGGGCACACCCAGAUGGUCCCCAGAUUCCAGUUGCUUCUGAUAGUGAUUCAUUCUCCUCACCAGAUGAGGACAAGUUAGCCACUUUUGCAAAACAACUCGAAGAUGAGUACAAAGUUAAGAGUGAAGCAGAAAAGCUGAUAAAGGCGUAUUCUACCGGCCGCUCCAAAGAUCAGAAACAUCUCGGUGAUGCUCAGAAAAUACUCCAUGACAGCAAAAGAAAAAUAGAAAUUUUGCGCAUGUUGAUUCUCCAACAUAAAGAAACACCUACAAUAAGUCCAUUGGAGAAACGCAUUGAGGAGUUGAGCCACCGAUUUGCGAUCGAGCGUGCCGUGGCUGAAGGAGCCAAACAUGCCAUCCAGAAAUUGGAUGGAAAGCCGCUUGUUGAGGCACAAUCAAUACUACAGGCGUCAAAUGAAAAGCUGGACCUCCUUAAAUAUUCCUUGGAGGAACGAGUGAAAGAACUUCCUGAUGGCCACCAUAGGAAGAGUAUAACCACCGAGGAACUGUCCCUUGGUUCAGUCAAAUCCAAGUCCAUAGCACUAACGGUUUUGGUUGAUUUAUAUUCUGAUAAAGAUUGUAAUAGCCAUUGUUACAAUAUUUAUUCUGAUUGUUUGACAGGUACUCUGAAAGUGCGAGUAAAGGGCUGUCACGGUAUUCUGGAGAAUGUACCUGGCAGACUAAAGGACCCGUCAGAUGUUCUCCCUGGCAGGAGUCCACGUCGAGGAAGAUUCUUAUUAAUGAACCGGAUCAGAAGAAACAACCGUGGCAGCAAUCAGAACAUCCAAGAGACUUUUGACUUUUCUAGUGAAGUCCGUACUCAGCUGAAGAUCGAUCAUAUUCCAGUGGGUUCAACAAGUUGGAAAACUGUUUCUAACCCAUCCUGGAAUAAGACAUUUAAACUGGAUUUAGAUAAGUCUCGGGAGCUAGAAAUAUCCUUAUAUUGGCAUGAUCAGAGAUCACUGUGUGCCACAAAGACUCUGAAGUUGGAAGAAUUCCUGUUGAACCCCAAACAGGAACUGUGUCUACAACUGGAACCACAGGGCACCCUUUUCAUCAAGGUGACGUUUUCCAGUCCUUUCAUCCAGAAAAGGCCAAAGCUUCAAACAAUUAGGAAAUUAAUCUCCACAAAACAAGAAAAGACCACAGAACCAGCUCAACUGGAGGAUGCAGCUAUUGAUGCUCAUUCGGUGCCUGUAUUGGACACUGAGAGCGUUGAGUCAUCGGCGCCAACUGUGGAUCCUGAAACAGAAAAGACCAUCCAACCAGCUCCAGAAGAGGAUGUGGUUACUGACUCUCCUAUAUUGCCAGUAGCCACUGAGAGCAUGCACCCAUUAACACCCGAUGUUUAUAUCAUUACAGAAGAGACCUUCCACCCACCUCCAAUGGAAGCUACAACUAUUGACAAUGUACCAGUAGUGGACACUGAAAUUGUGGAGUCAUCACCACCAACUAUCAUCACUAUUACUGCAGAAACCAUCCAACCACCUCCAGAGGAAGCUAGAAUUAUUGACAAUGCUCCACUGCCAGUAGAGGACUCUGCGAGCAUGGAACCAUUGAUUGAUGCAAUUACAGAAAAGACAAUCCAACCACCUCCAGAGGAGGAUGCAGCUAUUAAUGCUGAUUCACUACCAGUAGAGGACUCUGAGAGCGUGGAGCCAUUGCCGCCAGCUGUCGAAGAUACAGAAAAGAUAAUCCAACCAACUCCAGAAGAGGCUGUAGUUAUUGACACGCCUCAAGUACCAGCAGUGGACAUUGAGAAAGUGGAAUCAUCACCACCAGCUGCUGCUACUGAUAUGGAAAACAACAUCCAAACACCAACAGAGAAAGAUGCAGUUAUUGAUGUUGAUAACAUUGCAGAAGAAACCACUGGACCACCAAAGGGUUUAGUUCGUGACGCUGUUCCAUUGGCAGAAGCAAAAGUGGAAAAGCCAUCAUCAUCAGCUGGUAUUCAGCAAGGAGCUCGACUGAGCAUUCAGGAUUUUGAUUGUCUCUGUGUGCUGGGAAGAGGAGCAUUUGGAAAGGUUCUGCUUGUUGAGUACAAGCGUACAAAGAUCAAAUUCGCUUUAAAAGCCCAGAAAAAACAAGGCAUAACUGGAACUAAAAGAGUCCCUAGACUUAUAUGUGAAAAGGAAAUCCUACAGACUGUGAGCGAAGUAACGCAUCCUUUCCUUGUUAAUAUGUUGGCAAGUUUCCAGACUCAGGAUCAUUUUUGUUUUUUAAUGGAGUAUGCUGCUGGUGGGGACUUAAUGACCGAUAUUAGGAACAACAACUUUCAGCCAUUUUCCACAACCAGAGCUGUGUUUUAUGCGGCGUGUUGUGUGCUCGGCCUGGAAUUCUUACAUCAAAACGAUAUUGUUCACAGAGAUCUCAAAUUGGCAAACAUUGUCAUAGACGUAGAUGGAUUCGCCAAAAUUACAGACUUCGGUCUUAGUAAACAAGGGAUGGGAUAUGGAGAUGAAGACCGAACAUAUUGUGGCACACUGCAUUACAUGGCACCGGAAAUGGUUUGCGGUAAACCAUGCACAACAUCUAUUGACUGGUGGAGUCUCGGCGCAGUUAUUUAUAUAAUGCUGUGUGGAAAGUAUCCCUUCCCAGGUGAUAUAAGACAGGUGAGGUAUAAUAUUGUCUAUUCAACGCCGCACUAUCCGAGGUUCCUGACUGCAGAAGCGCGAUCAAUAUUAAGAAGUCUUUUGAAUAAAGAUCCCGAAAACCGUCUAGGAGCCAGCGAGAAUGGUGCCUGGGAUCUGAAGAGCCACCCUUUCUUUGAACAAAUAGACUGGUUCGCAUUAUUGUUCAAGAGUGUCAGGCCGCCAUGCGUACCAUCCAUUGAGGGACCAGACGACAUCCGCAACUUUAAUACAAUGUACACAUCAUGCGCCCCCAUUCUGACACCGCCGGAUGAGUCUAAGUCACUAUCUGAUGUAGAGCUGGAGCUAUUUAAAGAUUUCAACUGGGUUUCCGAUAGGAUUUAA